UUGUCGAUCACAAGGGAAAAAUUCAGGCUUGACUCCUUCUCUUGGAGACAUGCAGUCUGGCAUUAUGUUCUUUCUUCUUAAUUAAUCAAUCUCUUGUGACGGUGCUGUUUUUGUUUUUGUCUCUACUGGACUGGAAGUACAUAGCAUACUGGCAUUUUCAUGCUUAUUGUUGUUGCCUUAUCGAUGAUGCAAUGCUUGUUCAGAUGAUGAUAAAUUUUACCCUAGACAUCGAUCCAUAUAAAAUCAUAGCAGCGCCAGCACAUAAUAAAACGCCGUCACGAAUGGUGGGCGUAAUCCUGGUCUACCCUACUUUUCUUUUCAUUUCAUUUGACGUGAAUCAAAUUGGGUCAUCAUCAGAAACCCAGCCCAAGUUAGGCUGAACGAGGAGGGUCUAACUAGUAACUAAUACUAUAACUACCCAAUUCAGCCCAAAACGGAAUGAAUGAAAUGAGGACUCCCCCUCCCAACACUGCUUCACUUCUUCCCAGAUAUCAUUCCAAAAGCUCUCCACGCCGCUGUUACUCAACUAUCACAGCCAGCACCACCAACCGAAACCUGAAUUCCUGGUUUACCAACUACGUAGAUAAGACCAAUGUCUUCUCCUGGAACUCUGUCAUCGCCGACCUCGCGCGUUCAGGAGACUCCCUCGAGGCACUUCGAGCUUUUGCAUCCAUGCGGAAGCUCGCUCUCAAGCCCAACAGGUCCACUUUCCCUUGCGCCAUCAAAUCCUGCUCCGCUCUCCUCGAUCUCCUCUCUGGUAAACAAACUCACCUCCAAGCGCUUCUAUUCGGCUUUCACUCCGACCUUUUUGUGUCCUCGGCUUUGAUUGAUAUGUAUGCCAAAUGUCGCCACUUGACGGAUGCAAGAAAACUGUUUGAUGAAACUCCCCAGAGAAAUGUUGUCUUGUGGACGUCCAUGAUUACUGGAUACGUGCAAAACAACAAUGGACUUGAGGCUUUGCUGCUCUUUAAAGAGUUCUUGAUUCAGGACGAUCGACUAGGGGAGGUUUCCGUUGAUUCAGUUGCUGUGGUCUCUCUUUUAUCAGCAUGUGCUCGAGUUCCACAGAAAGGAUUGACUGAAGCGGUUCAUGGGUUUGUCAUAAAGAAGGGAUUUGACGGGGAGUUGGGAGUUGGAAAUACUUUGGUCGAUGCAUAUGCGAAAUUUGGGGCGGUGGGAGUGUCCAAAAAGGUGUUUGAUGGGAUGGUUGAAAAGGACCGAGUUUCUUGGAAUUCGAUGAUUGCGGUGUUUGCACAAAAUGGAUUGGCUGCAGAAGCUUUGGAAGUUUUCCGUGGCAUGAUUGAGGAGAGCGAUGUCAAGUACAACUCCAUGACAUUGUCAACUGUGUUGUCGGCUUGUGCACAUCUUGGGGCUCUGCGAGUUGGCAAGUGUGUACAUGAUCAGGUUCUUAAGAUGGGUUUGGAGGAUAAUGUUAUUGUUGGUACCUCUAUAAUUGACAUGUACUGCAAAUGUGGUCGGGUUGAAAUGGCUAAGAAAGCAUUUGAUAGCAUGAAAGAGAAGAAUGUGAGAUCGUGGACUGCAUUGAUUGCAGGAUAUGGGAUGCAUGGCCUUGCCAAAGAAGCUCUGGAAGUUUUCUAUAAUAUGAUCAGGACUGGGGUGAAACCGAACUAUAUAACCUUUGUCUCAGUGCUUGCUGCUUGUAGUCAUGCUGGUCUAUUGGAGGAAGGGUGGCAUUGGUUCAAUGCCAUGAGCAACCAAUUCAACCUAGAUCCUGGUCUUGAGCAUUAUGGAUGCAUAGUCGAUCUUCUUGGGCGUGCUGGCCGUCUCAGUGAAGCUUAUGAUUUGGUAAUGAAAAUGAAGAUUAGGCCUGAUUUUGUGAUCUGGGGUUCUCUUUUGGCAGCUUGUAGGAUUCACAAGAAUGUAGAACUUGGCGAAAUUUCUGCAUGGAAAUUGUUUGAUUUAGAUCCAACUAAUUGUGGCUACUAUGUCUUGCUUUCAAAUAUAUAUGCCGAGGCUGGAAGGUGGAAAGAUGCUGAAAGGAUGAGAAUACUCAUGAAGAGUCGUGGACUGGUCAAACCACCCGGCUUCAGUUUGGUUGAACUGAAAGGAAGAGUUCACACUUUCUUGGUUGGGGAUCAAGAGCAUCCUCAACAUCAGAAGAUCUACGAGUAUUUGGAGGAACUUAGUGCAAAGCUACUGGAGGUUGGCUAUGUCCCCAAUAUGGCGUCAGUUCUUCACGAUGUUGAUGAGGAAGAGAAGGAAAUUACCUUGAGAGUGCACAGUGAGAAGCUAGCUGUUGCCUUUGGAAUAAUGAAUUCUGUUCCUGGUGCAACCAUCCAGGUUAUUAAGAAUCUUAGGGUUUGUAGUGACUGUCACACUGUGAUAAAGUUCAUUUCAAGGAUUGUCAAUAGGGAAAUUGUGGUUAGAGAUUCUAAGAGAUUUCAUCAUUUUAAGGAUGGAUCUUGUUCUUGUGGAGAUUAUUGGUGAUCUAUGGCUAUGAAUACAUCAAACACAG